GGCACUUGCGGUCGGUCUGCAGCAGAGAAAAAAACCGAGCAAAGAAGAGAGUGAGGGAGCCUUGCCUUCUCGAACAGCAAGCGAGGAGGGAGGGAGCGGGAGAGAGACAGGGGAGGGCGACAGCUCUGCACAACAGCAGCAGAGAGAUCGGCAGAGAGACCGGAGAGGAGAGCAGGAGGUUUUGUGGAGUAACCAGGACGCUCAGCGGAGGACGGAGUGCGUUAUUCUCGGGAAUAACCGCCACUGCGCUGAUCUCCAACUCCCUGAUCCCCCGUCAGACAUGUCCUCGUCUGGAAAAGACACCAGCGGCGCCCAGCACGCCAACUAUGUGGGACCUUACCGCCUGGAGAAGACGCUGGGGAAAGGACAGACAGGUCUGGUCAAGCUGGGAGUCCACUGUGUCACAUGCCAGAAAGUGGCCAUAAAGAUUGUGAACCGGGAGAAGCUCAGCGAGUCAGUACUAAUGAAGGUGGAACGAGAGAUUGCCAUCCUGAAGCUGAUCGAGCACCCUCACGUCCUGAAGCUGCACGACGUCUACGAGAACAAGAAGUACCUGUACCUGGUGCUGGAGCACGUGUCUGGCGGGGAGCUGUUUGACUACCUGGUGAAGAAGGGCCGGCUGACGCCGAAAGAGGCCCGCAAGUUCUUCAGACAAAUCAUCUCUGCACUGGACUUCUGCCACAGUCACUCCAUAUGCCACCGCGACCUGAAGCCGGAGAACCUCCUGCUGGAUGAGAAGAACAAUAUCAGGAUAGCGGACUUCGGCAUGGCUUCCCUGCAGGUCGGAGACAGCCUAUUGGAGACCAGCUGUGGAUCUCCACAUUAUGCCUGUCCAGAAGUCAUCAGGGGAGAGAAGUACGAUGGGAGGAGAGCCGACGUGUGGAGCUGUGGAGUGAUUCUCUUCGCCCUGCUUGUGGGGGCCCUGCCGUUCGACGACGACAACCUGAGGAACCUUCUGGAGAAGGUGAAGCUGGGGGUCUUCCACAUGCCCCACUUCAUCCCCCCCGACUGCCAGAACCUUCUGCGGGGCAUGAUCGAGGUGGACGCCACCAAGAGGCUCACCUUAGAGAAGAUCCAGAAACACACGUGGUAUAUCGGCGGCAAGAACGAGCCGGAGCCGGAGCAGCCGGCGCCCCGGAGGGUGGCGAUCCGCAACCUGCCGUCGGCGGACGACGUGGACCCCGACGUCCUGGACAGCAUGCACUCACUGGGCUGCUUCAGGGACAAGAACAAGCUGCUCAAGGACCUGCUCUCCGACGAGGACAACCAGGAGAAGAUGAUCUACUUCCUGCUCCUGGACAGGAAGGAGCGCUACCCGAGCCAGGAGGACCAGAACCUGCCGCCCAGGAACGAGAUCGACCCCCCUAAGAAGCGCGUGGACUCCCCCAUGCUGAACCGGCACGGCAAGCGGCGGCCGGAGAGGAAGAGCAUGGAGGUGCUGAGCGUGACCGACGGGGGGUCCCCGGUGCCCGCCCGGAGGGCCAUCGACAUGACCCAGCACGGACAGAGGUCAAGAUCUAUCAGUGGAGCCUCCUCUGGACUGUCUACCAGCCCACUCAGUAGCCCGCGGGUGACCCCCCACCCCUCCCCCCGGGGCAGCCCCCUCCCCACCCCCAAGGGCACGCCGGUGCACACGCCCAAGGACAGCCCGGCGGGCACGCCCACGCCCACGCCCCCGCCCAGCCCGUCCAUCGGGGGCAUGCCCUGGAGGACGCGCCUCAACUCCAUCAAGAACAGCUUCCUGGGCUCGCCGCGCUUCCACCGCAGGAAGCUACAAGUUCCCACACAAGAGGAGAUGUCCAGCCUCACCCCAGAGUCGUCUCCAGAACUCGCCAAAAAGUCCUGGUUUGGGAACUUCAUCAGCCUGGAGAAGGAGGAGCAGAUCUUCAUCGUCAUCAAAGACAAACCUCUGAGCUCCAUCAAGGCUGACAUCGUACACGCCUUCCUCUCUAUCCCCAGCCUGAGCCACAGCGUCAUCUCCCAGACCAGUUUCCGGGCGGAGUACAAGUCUGCAGCGGGGCCGGCCGUCUUCCAGAAGCCCGUCAAGUUCCAGGUGGACAUCAGCUACACCGAGAGCACCGGGGCCACCAAGGAGAACGGCAUCUACUCCGUCAGCUUCACCCUGCUCUCAGGACCCAGCCGGCGUUUUAAGCGGGUGGUGGAGACGAUUCAGAGCCAGUUGUUAAGCACACACGACCAGCCAGCCGUACAGCAGCUGUGUGGUAUCAUCCAGAAAAGCUACUAAGCCCCUCCUACUUCUCCUCCUCCUGCUGCUGCUGCUGCUCCUCCUUCUCCUCCUGCUGCUGCUCCUCCUUCUCCUCCCUCCCUCUCCUCCCUCCCUCUGCUUCCAACCAAUCGAUGGACAGCUGUGGCCGGUGGGGGCGGGGGCACCCAAACCUUAUGGUUGUCGUAAUAAUUCCCCCGGAACACCUUGGGUGAUGGGGUGGUGGUUACCAUGGAAAUGGACCACUCCCCUCCACUCAGGGCUCCACCUGUCCCCCCCUCCCCCACCCCACCUUACUCCGCUUCUCUGUACCCACAUACACCUUCUAUACUCAGCUUCACACACACACACACACAAACAAGCACACACACACACACAAACAGAUGUUAUAGUUAACCAAAAGGCUUUUCUUGUUUUUCCGAUUGUCUCGGACUAUUCCUCCAUGCCACCGCCCACAUGUCACACAUCUACAGUCUACACACACACACACACACACACACACACACACACACACACACACACACACACACACACACACACACACAC